CAAAAGCUCAAAUAAAUAAGCCCACAACCAUGGUAGGCCUAUUGGAUCUUUUAACCGGUUCACUGACCCGUCCGACUCGACGCAUUUACAAGUCAAGAGAUCCACGUCCACCGUCUGGGCGCAGCUUGAAACUUUCCCGAGAAAAUCAAGGAAAGAAAGCGAGAGCGAAAAUGGCAGGGAAUGCUUGGGCCUAUGUCCGGAUCAUCUCCGGCACCAUUCUCGGUGGCAUUCUCGGCUUCUACGUCAUGGACCGCGCCGAGAAAAGCUACAAGGAGAAAGUGCAGGAGAGGCUGAGGAAGUAUGAAAUUGAAAUGAAGAAGAGAGAGAAAUUGGAUGAGUUUGAAGAGUCUCAGUAGAUUUUAUCUGUGUUUUAUCUUUUUAUUUUUCUUGUACUUCUGCUGAAAAAUUGUAGUUUUGGACCAUUUUCAAGGCUUAUAACAUUUGUAUUUGAAA